AUGAAGCCGCCCAACACCGCCACCGCCAUCUUCCUAGUGCACUUCUUCACUUCUUUUUUCCUCUCUUUGCCAUGUUCAACCACUGCUUCAUCUCCAGCUCUAACAGCUCUCUACGCCUUCGGCGACUCCACCGACGACCCAGGAAACAACAACCAACUCGUGACUCUUUUCCGCAGCGAUCAUCCUCCAUACGGCAAAGAUUUUCCCUACCAAGUACCCACAGGGAGGUUCUCCGACGGAAAAUUAUCAACAGACUUCAUAGUUUCAUCAUUAGGGUUGAAAGAUCUCUUACCAGCAUAUCUAGACCCUAAACUCACCACAAAUGAUUUAUUAACCGGCGUUAGUUUUGCGUCUGCCGGUACCGGAUUAGAUGACUUGACGGCAGAAUUGGCCGGUGCACUAAAGAUCUCAAGUCAGCUAGAUUACUUUGAUGAAGCAGUGACAAGGAUGAAGGGAUUGGUUGGUGAAGAGAAGGCUAAGUUUAUAGUGGAAAAUGCUAUUUUUAUUAUUAGUGUUGGAAGUAAUGAUUUUAUGGAUAAUUUCUAUGAAUUGCCAACGAGAAAAUUUCAGUUUUCCAUUUCUGGAUAUCAAGAUUUUCUGCUUCAUGAACUUGAAUCCGCCAUUCAGAGACUAUACAAUGCGGGAGGGCGUAGAUUUGCGAUUGUGGGUCUGCCACCCAUUGGCUGCCUACCAAUCCAAGUGACAAUUGGCAGCUUAAUACCAGGCAAACACAUGUUUCAACGUGUGUGUGUGGAGCAGCAGAACACUGACUCUAUUGCCUACAACAUUAAGCUUCAAAGUCUAAUCUCAAGGUUAAAGGGUUCAUGGGCCAAGGGUGCCAAAAUAUCUUACUUGGACAUAUAUUAUCCAUUGGAGGACAUGAUCAAUAACCCAUCUAAAUAUGGAUUUGAAGAAACUCUUAGAGGUUGCUGUGGAUUGGGGAUAGUGGAAACAGGACCUCUAUGUGAUGUGAUGGAAGCAACAUGCAAUGAUGCAUCAAAAUAUAUAUUCUGGGAUGCUGUUCAUCCAACCCAAGCUACUUAUUUCUUCCUUGCUCAAACUGCUUUGCAGACAGUCAUCCCAUCUCUCCUCCCUUGA